AUGUCACAGCAGAAGCAGCAAUCUUGGGAGCCCUCAAAUGCUCCCAAAUGCUCCCCUCUCCAAUGCCCAAACCCUUGCCUGGCUCCUCGUGGUGCUCCCUGUGGUGCUCCCUGUUCAGGAGGCUGCCAUUCCACUUCCCAAAGGAUCCAGGCUCAGAGUCCCGCCUGCUCUAGGAGAACUCGCCGCCGAAAGCCCCGCUGCCUCAGUGGAGGCACAGUCUACCACUGCAAAGAGGAGGAGUGUUAA